GCCUCACACAUUGUGUGCAAGUAUGUGAACUGGACCCAGUCAAAGAUUCAGAAACGCUCCUCUCACCUGAAGCAGUGCAGCCUGACGCUCUGCUUCAGUGGACGACUCCUCGGCCAAAACCUCCACCUCCAGAUUAGUGCUGUUGAGGUCGGGACAGCAGUCAUUGAGCUGUUUGCAGGCCUCGUCACAAAAACAACCUCUGAAACAAUUGAAGUUUGUGCCACUGCAGCACAGAGUUGGAUGUGAACACGUCCCUAGAGGAGCAGUGCAGACAGUUUCUUUGGGAAGUUGAAACCAUCUCUGCUACAUAGUGGACCACCAGCUCCACCCAGGAGAACAGGUGCUUUGAUGACAACAUGCCGUACCUGUAUAACAGUUCUGGAUAUGGCUGGCCAGAAGGGGAAUUUGAUGAGGAAGAUGGUGAUACAUAUGAAGCUCCACCAUGUGAACGUUCCCCCGUUAAAGUCCAACCACGCCAUGUAGAGGAGAAUGUUUACCUGGGUUAUCCAGAUCGAAACCCAAACCCUGUUAUUCCCAAAAGACAGGCAGCUCCGCCGCCACGACCGGCCAAGAUCACCCCGAUAGGGAAAAGCAUGAAGCCAGAGCCGUCUCACGACCCGGAGGAGUUUUACAUCGACCCCAAUGAUAGCAAACCUCCUGAGGUAAUACGUAAAGAUAAACCUGGUAAAAAAGCCCCACCUAAGAGACCCCCGAUGAGACCUCCACCGGCCCCUCAGCAAGACGAAGAUGUUUACUUGGAUCCAAAUGAAGGGCAGGAUGAUGAUGAUACAUAUCUAGAACCUGUAGCAGAACCUCCUGCACUCCGAGGCCCGGCCCGUAUGCCAUUGCCUCCUAAAACUGUAGGACGAGACCUGCCACCACCAAUAAUGAAACCUCCUGUUCCCAGAGCCAAAUCUAGUUCGGUUCUGAUCGGUGACACUGUGAACAAAGUUCUGCCGCCAGAAGUAAAACGUGCCACGUUUUCUGGCCAGCUGCCAACCGCACUAAACAGCAAACCAGUUCCUCCCAUCAUCCUCCCCAAAGAACCCAAACCCAGUCCUCCUCCUCCUCCGUCUCUGGACAGCACAGCGCUUUCUUUUGGAGCAAAGCCAGUCGCUCAGGGGGCGGGGCUACAGGACAAAGAGUGGUUUGCUGGAGUUUGUGAACGUAAGACCGCGGAGGAAACUGUGUUCAGGAUUAACAAGGACGGCACGUUUCUGGUCAGAUACAGCAGUUCCCAGAAUGACCGACAGCCCUUCACGCUGGUCGUGUUUUACCGGCAGAACGUUUACAACAUCCCUGUACGCUUCUUGGAGGAUUCGCAACAGUACGCGCUCGGAAAAGAGGGCAAGAAGACGGAAGAGCUCUUCAGUAGUUUGCAGGAGAUGAUUUCUCAUCACAUGAAGAACCCUAUCCUCCUGAUCGACCGUAAGAGUCAAGCUAAACACAGCACUCACCUCUCUCACCCCGUUCGGCCCUAACGCUCUCGUCCUGCUCUCAUUCCAGCCUUCACCUCCUGAUAUUGACCCUGAUAUCACACAAACACUCACUCAUACUCUGCCUGAAUUAUUUAUUACAUUAUGUUUGUAAUGCAGUCCGAUGUUCAUAGUAUGUCUUGUGUUCUGAACAUUUCAUGUUUGGGGAUUUUUGAAUAUGGUGACUAUGUAGUGUUCUUUAAAUAACUUUAGUUAAACUCUAUACACAUAUAAUGUUUACAGGACAACUUGUUGUCUCUGUGUAAAAUAGUUAAUAAAGAAAUAAAGAAAAAAACAACA